GUUGUCGGUUUAGUUAAGCUCGGCUGUGUGCAGAGAGCUAUUUUUAGACUCUCGAUUACUAGAUAAACCGCCGGUGUGGUUUAAACGUCCUGGGUUCAGACCAUUAUAUGUCUGUGUUGUUGUACUACGUACACCAGGAUAUUGACUACUAUUUACUCCCGUAGUAUCAGCCAGAACAGACGACACUUGAACAUUCAGCGCUAGACACGUCUACCUGUCUAUGGCUGCGGGUUUAACUUCGAUAGCUUCCGGAUCAACACACCAACACAUCGUCUCUAGAUCGACAUAAGUGAGUGUACACACACUGUUUUAUGAAUGUUUCCCGUGAAGACUGAAUGUGUUUCUUUGUGAUACGAUAUGUAGUGAAGUCCAUCAUUAGACGUCUUAUAUUGAUCACGAUAAAUGCCUAAAGGCUACUUAAUACGCCAAUAUACGGAGGCCUAUAUGUGUCUACCGAUACGUAAUUAAUAUACAGAGGCCUGAAUGUGAACACUAACACGUCAACUCUGAUUCAUUACCCAUAUACGGAGAUAAGUCGGUCAAUAAUGAGUACGUCAUCAAUUUACUGUUGAUGAAAACUAAUUGCACCACAAGGAUAUGUAAUCACUAUAUGGAGGCCUGUACGUGAACACUGAUAUAUAAUCACUAUACGGAGGCCUGAAGGUGAACACUGAUAUCUAAUCACUAUGCGGAGGACUGUACGUGAACACUGAUAUAUAAUCACUAUACGGAGGCCUGUACGUAAACACUGAUAUCUAAUCACUAUACGGAGGCCUGUACGUGAACACUGAUAUAUAAUCACUAUACGGAGGCCUAGGACUACGUGAACAUUGAUAUUUAUGAAAAUUGAUAUAGUGCCAGUGUAGGGAGGCAUAUUAUAAGUGAACUCUUCUUUAUUCACCUUUUUUCGAGGGCUUGUCAGUUAAGGCUGAUUACACCACCAAUAUAUGGAAACCUAUAGGCGAAGCUUUAUACGACACCAGUUAAGCAAACGACUUUCAUCGACAAUGUAUUCAGGCAUAGGGAGUAUAGGGGAUUAUCGACCAGCGACUAACAACGGAGUGCGCCAGACGAACAUGCAACACGGACUAGGAUACCAGAUGCGCAAGUCUAGAGGCAUCAACUGGACACACGAGGAAAAGGUCUUCCUCGUAAGACUUUGUGCGGCCAAGGCUCGUAUCAUUGAGGAGAAGAAGUCGGACAGCAAUACGUUGAGGAUGAAAGCAGCAUGUUGGAAGGUCAUAUAUGACCAGUUCUCCGCCAGGUUUGGGCGGAAACGGACGCUGGUUAGGAUCAAAGAACAAUGGAAACGAAUGAAACUCGCCACACGAGCUGAGCAGCGAGACAGGGAACAAGAGGUAAUGGAGUCACCCGGAAACGAAAGUUCUAAUACACAAGAAACUGUACCUACCAAAUAUUACGGAGAAUCAGCUGAAAUAAUUGCUCAAGUGAAAAACAUAUUGGGUCAAGUUGCAAACUCUAGCUUUAAUUUAGUUCCGGUUUCACGAACUGAAAUGUGUACCGGAGAAACAGACGCUGUGGCAGACGCACUUGUAAGGUACCCGGAUAUUGUGACUGGAGAGUUACCAUCUGACGGCAGACAUUCUACUCCGGAGCCUGAGCCGAUGGUGAUUAAAAUUGAAAUUGACGACGAGGAGGACGAUGUGUAUAGUGAUGAUCACAGCCAGAACAGAAAUCCUAACUCUACCCCAGAACCAGAUAUAGGUGUAAUUGAUUUCAACAGUCUUGAAGAAAUCGUCGGCCCUGAACGACACGGUAACAGUGAACCCAACCCUGGGCAUGAUCACACACAAGCUUCCGGUUAUGAUCUUUCAACUGAUGAUAUCGCUCAAAAAAGGUUUUCCAUUGACUUCGCAUCAGAUACAAGGAGAUCAACGCCGGAAGUACACAUGCCUUCAUAUGAUCCGGGACAGUCGUCGGAGCAGUGGGGAUUUUUCCGGAAAUCAAAAACCAACUCGCAUAAAAGUGACCUUCAAGAAGACGCAAAUAAUUCCAGAUCUGUCGUGGACGACACGGUGUUAGAAUAUGCAAGAAUAGAGCAUGAAAAGAAAAUGGAGUAUUUGAAAAAGGAACAUGAAAUGAAACUUGACAUUUUGAAAUUAGAAAGAGAGACAGCUAGAGCAAAACUAAGAAAGGCCAACUUCAAAUUGUCUCUAUCUGGAGCAAAUUUACCCUCGUGAUAUCGAUCUAAAAUGUCCAUGUGAUGGUGCAAAAUUGUCAGACAAAGUUUUUUCAAAGUAAAUAGUUAUACUA